AUGAGCGAGUCCGCGGUUCUUGCGCGCCACGCCCAUCCCACCUGCAUGCCGCGCCUCCCCUGCAUUUCCCCCGCUUCCGCUUCCGCCAAGCAUGCCGCCGCCGCGCUCCUCCUUUCCCCCGAAGGUCGCGGCGGGCAACCCGAUUCGAGCGCGACGGAAGAGGGGAAGAGCGCAGAAGCGCAACGCGCGUGCCGCGUGAGCGUGGCGGUUCUGGCUGUAAAAGAUUUGAAGGAUGGGGCGAUUAAGGACGUCACCGACGCGGCGCGGCAGGCUGCUAAUCUUCUGCAAGUGCCGACUAUGGCGCUGAUUAAAGUGGAAAACUCACACUUUUGCACCAAGGAGAUCAAGGGGAAGUCGGCGGAGGGUAAGGGGAAGGCGGGGGAGAAGGGGGGGAAAAAGGGCAAGGGGGGAAAUGGAAAAGGGGGAACGGCGGACGGGGAAGCGCAAGCGGAAGCGCAGACGGUUGAAGCGCAAGCGGAAACGCAGGGGGAAGCUCUUUCGGGGGAAGCGCUUUCGGGGGAAGCGCAAUCCGCGGAAGGGCUGAUAGAAGUCAACCAGGGCCACGCGUUCACAGUAAAAGACGAAACCACCGCGACCGUGUCCGUCGCGCUCGUGCACUGCGCGCUGGGGCGCGGCGCGGUGGCGAUCGGGCUGAAGCAGGUCGUAGGCGCCAUAGAGCCCCUCUCCGUCGCGUCGCUCCUCGAGCUCGAUCCGGAUAAAGCGGUCGAGCCGCGGUGGCACGAGCUCCGCGCGCCGACGGGGAGGAAGGGCGCGGUCGUGGGGCGCGUUCUACUGCAGGCGGUGGCGGCGCGCGCGCCUCCGGAGCAGCGCGUGUCGCUUUUCAUUGGCUCCUGGAACGUGGGGAACGCGCCGCCCGCGGCGGAUCUCUCCCCGUGGCUCCCCGUGGGCGGCAAACACGAUCUGAUCGCGAUCGGAUCGCAGGAGUGCGAUUAUCCGCCGCGCGCGGGGCAUGCCACGUGUAUGGACGACUGGGUGGCGUGUAUCCGGACGCAUUUCGGCCCUAGAUACCGCGUGGUAAAGGGCGCUUCGAGAGGGCAGAUGCGCCUCGUCGUCCUCGUUUUAGACUCCUCCCAACGGGCCGUUACCAAUGUGGUGGUAACCAGCGAGGCGACGGGGAUCGGGCACGUGAUAGCGAAUAAGGGCGCUGUGUGCGUGUCUCUAAGGGGCAGCUUCAACACGAUUCUCGAUCUGGGCAGCUCGAGAAAAACUUCUUCUCCGGGCAGCAGCACAAAAGUCAACGGGAAAAUGCCUCCCCCGAAUAGCCCCAGUAAAGAGGAAGAAAGUAGCGCGGGAAUGAGUGGGAAAGGAGGAGGGGCCAAGCCGGGCGCGAGUCGCAUGAACAAGAGCUCUAGUGGUGGUGACGUGGCAGCAGGGGAGGGGGCAGAAGCGGGCGCUGCGAUUGGUGCAAGCCUCCGGAGCUCCCCCGGGGGGGAUUUCUCCAACGGGCGGGAGGCGGGGGGCGGAAUGGGCGCGGGGGCGGGGGAAAGGGGGAAUGGAGGGGGGGAGGGCGGGAUUGGGGAGGGGGAAGCGGUUGGGGAGGAGAGGAACGGGGAUGGUGGUGGGAUGAGUGGAGGACAGUUGAGUCCGAUGCUGGGAGGAGGAGGGGAGGGGACGAGAGAGGAAGGAAGGGGGGGGACGCCUGGGGAAGGGGGUUCGACGCCGGGAGGAGGGGAGGAAGGGGACUCGACACCGAAAGAGGGGCACAAACGCGUGCUGAGCGCGGGGAGCCUGGCGUUGUUCCGCGGAGGGGGAGGGGGGAGUCACGAGAAGGUCAGCAAGGCGGCAUCUGCGCCGUCGCUGACGUCAAAGAAAUCACUGGAGAAGCAAGCGUGA